AUGGCGGCGUCCAUCUCGCCGUCGGUCAUCAUGACCCAGAUUUCCAGUUAUAUCAACAACAACGAGACCUCGGACGCUCUUUUCACCACCCAGAAUGCUUACGAUGCCAUUGGAACCUACAAAUGGUUCAUCGGAACGGCAAUCUUCGUUCUUGUUGCUUCCAUUCAGCUCAUCAAAUAUGCUCUGAAGGAUCGACCCCCUCCAGGCCUAAAGCUCCUUCCAGGUCCUACGAGCACCAUCCCCUAUAUUGGACGUAUCCACGAUGUCGACCCGAACGCGCCCUGGUAUGCUAUGAAAAAGUUCUCUGAUAAAUACAAUGGUAUCUACAAGUCGACCAUCUGCGGCGAGAUGCACAUUUGGAUUGGUGAUGCAAAUAUUGCCUACGACCUCUUGUGCAAAAAGGCCAGGAUUUACUCCUCUCGCCCUAUGGUGCCUGCGGUUCCAGGCAGCGACUCCCAGGGUCAAUAUCUUCCUCUGCUCGCUCAUGAUGAACAUUGGCGCAAUCAGCGCAAAUUCGCCCACACUGUUCUGACUGCCGGUUUCAACUCCAAGUACUAUGGCUAUGUUAGCCACGAGGCCAAGCGAUUUAUGUACAAGCUUUUGCUCGAUCCAAAGGACCACUACGCCUUGACGGACCGUUUCUGCGGCCGCAUCAGUGCUCGUCUCGGUUACGGUAGUGCAGCAUCUGCUGCGGCGCACUGCAAGAAUGCGGGAGAAUUCAUCCCUCAAAUUUCUCCUUCCGGCCCGAUUACCAACCUUCUGCCUUUCCUUGGUGGCCUUCCGGAAUGGAUCAACCCUUCCAUCCGCAAAGUGCGCGAGCGACGUGAGAAGGAGGAGAAGCUGUGGAAGGGUCUCAUGAAGCAGGUGCGAGUCGAUAUGGACCAGGGUAAAGCUCCCAUCAGCUACGCCAGAACUUACUUUGAGCGCAAAGAAGCUGAAGGUGGCGCCCGAACUUUUGGAUUCGAUGAUCACGAAGCCGCCUAUGCUGUUGGUAUGUUGGUGACGGUUGCCAUCUUUACCAUUGGUGGUCCUCUCUACUGCUUCUUCCUCGCCAUGGUUCUCCAUCCUGAAUGGCAACAAAAGGUUCGCGACGAGUACGACGCAGUCAUUGGCGACCGCGUUGUUGAGGUUGCGGACGCUCCCACCUUGCCAGUUCUCCGUGCUGCAAUCAAGGAGUGCCUCAGAUGGCGACCACCAGUGCCCCUUGGUGUUCCUCGUCUUCUUGAGGAAGAUGAUGAAUGGAACGGCUACUUCCUACCAAAGGGCGCAGUUAUUCACGCGAUCGAUCUUGCUCUUGCACGCAACCCCGAGCUCUACCCAGACGCCGAGGCCUUCAGACCUGAACGGUGGCUCGAGAAGGACUUCCCAACCUACAAGGAGCCUCUCACCGAACACCCAAGACUCAUGGGUCACCAUGGUUUCGGUAUGGGCCGCCGCAUGUGCCCAGGUAUCGAAGUCACCGAGGCUGAGUUGCUUGUUUCCUGUGGCAGCAUCGUUGGCUGUUUCGAGCUGUUGCCACCAAUGGACGCCAAUGGACAGCCCAAGUGGCCAGAUUCCAUGGCUUUCACGGCCAACUUGAUCGGAGGUCCUCUUCCGUUCGAGAUGGAUGUCAAGGUCCGAAGUCCUGAGAAGGCCGCUCGCAUCAAGGCGUGGUAUGAGGAGAGUGUGGCUGACGAGGCUGCCGGCAAGAUCGCCGACGCCGCCAUGUAA